CUCCGCGCCCCGCAGCCUCCACCGCCGCUCCCCGCUCCGUUCCCCGCGCACCGCCGGGGUGGGGGCCGGCGGGGGAAGGCCCCCGGGAUGGCCCCGGUGCUGCUGUGGCUGUUGGCUUUGGUGGCGGGGGGCCCGGCGGGCGCUCAGCCCCCCCUCCCCGCCGCUUCGGAGCCCGCGUGCCCCGUGUGCGUGUGGCGGAGGCACAGCAAAGAGCUGCGGCUGGAGAGCAUCAAGUCGCAGAUCCUCAGCAAGCUGCGGCUGAAGGAAGCGCCCAACAUCACCCGCGAGGUGGUGAAGCAGCUGCUGCCCAAAGCGCCGCCGCUGCAGCAGAUCCUGGACCUGCACGACUUCCAGGGGGACUCGCUGCAGCACGACGAGUACCUGGAGGAGGACGAGUACCACGCCACCACCGAGACCGUCAUCAGCAUGGCCCAGGAAAGUCAGUGCCGCCUUUGUUCCGGACGCAAAGUUCGCCUCCUCCCUCCCCCGAGCCCCUCCCGGUCCCCGGGUCCGGUGGCCGCGGUCGCAACUUUCCCUUCCCGGGGCUCCCCCGGUUCCCCCCGCCCUCCCCCGCUUCCCCCGGGUGCUCCCCAUCCUCCCGUUCCCUCCGCGUUUCCCCCCCGGUCCCCGCACCCCCGGUCCCCCGCGGCUGCGCACGGUUCCUCGCGGGGCAGCCCCAUACUCAGCUUCGGGCAUCGACCAACGGUCCCCGGCCCACCGGGACCGGCACCGGGUCUGGGACCGGCCCUGGGACCGGGACUGGGACCGGGACCGGGCAGCUUCGUGCUAAGCCCGGGGGGGACGUGCUGCUCUGCACCGUGUGGAGACGUGGGGACAGGGGAUGUGGGGACUCGGAGACAGCGUAGGGACACGGGGACCCGGAAACAUCGGGACCCGGGGACAUAGGGACACGGGGACAGAGGUAUAUGGGACGUGAAGACAUGGGGACGGGACAGUGCAGCCAGCAGCUGGUUCAGGACACCGGCACCGGGCACUUGAACUGGGAACUGGGAACAGCCACAGGGGCUCUGCAUGGAGCACUGGUGCUGAGACAGAGUUCUGGGUGCUGGGACCGGACACUGGAUUCUGUGACCUGGCACAGGGCUCUGGGCUGGGUGCUGGGACCAGGCACUGGGUGCUGGGAUUGGGUGCUGGGACUGAGCACUGGGUACUGGGACCCAGCAGUGACACCAGUGUGUCAUGAGAUUGGGCACUGGGUGCUGGGAUUGGGUACUGGGAC